AUGCCCCAACGUCAAAGCCAUGACUCCGACUUAGAGGACGAGGACGGGGAGCCGUGUGCUCGUCACAUUGUGGAAGCCCCAUUACUGCGAGGCUUUAAGAUGCAUGCCAUCAUGUCCUAUGAAGGCAGUACAGAUCCCACCGACCACCUUUCGAAGUUCAAUAGGUUGAUGUUAGCGCAUCGAGUCUUCAAAGAUGUCAAGUGUCAUGUGUUCCUAAUAACCUUGAUAGGGCCAGCAGAUGAAUGGUUCAAGAAGCACGGGUUGGGAUCCAUCCAUUCGUGGCACCAAUUGUCAUCUUCAUUCGAAAGAAAAUUCAUAGCAGCUCGAAAAGUGAUCUUCGAGGUCAAUGCUUUGGCCAACAUAAAGCAAGGAUCCUUCGAGACCCUCAAAACUUACAUCAAGUGCUUCAAGGAAGAAGCUGGGAAGACCAAGAGGGUUGAAGACGGCCAGCAGCUAAUGGCCUUACAGGCUGACAUCCAUGCGGGGUCCCCGUUGUGGGAUGACCUCCAAUGGAGAGGGUGUCGAAGGCUCGAUGACUUCAUCUCUCUGACGGGAUAUGGAGCAACACCCAUUGGAUAUAGUGCUUUUCAGCCUGCAUUCAGUGCUGGAGUUGUUGCUUUGUCCCAAUCUUUCGCACCCAGUCGGACCCUUAGCAGCAGUAGACGCGGGGCAAGGGCAGAAAGGCCAAAGGAAAUGGGACAGCGCAAGCUGGACAUAAUAGUACGUCCAUUACCGGAAGCCACAUCCCAUUCAAAGAGACCAAGAAAGGCACAGGUAACGACCGCAAGAGCACCAUCUUCUGCGGCUCCCCCGGCUCCGGGUGCGGAGCCCGCAACUCCGCAGCAUCAGAUAGUCGACGGACAUCCCCCGGUGAAUGGGCGAGUGGGGACCAUCUUCGAAGGAGCCCACUUGGGGAGCACCUCCCGAGGCUCGCAGAAUAGUUAUGUGCAGGCCUUAAACCACGACGAUGAAGUGCUGGCAUUAGCUCAAUUUCCAGCCCAGAUGCCAAGGAUGACAAACCAAGUCAUCACAUUCUCCGAGGACAAUGCUCAGAGAGUGCACUUUCCACACCAUGAUCCUUUGGUGAUCGAUUGUCAGGUUUCCAAUAAGAUGAUGCCUCAAAUCCUGGUGGACAAUGGGAGUUCAGUGAACAUCCUGUUCAAGUCAGCAUACAAGAGGAUCGGGUUGACCACAAGCAACUUGUCCCCAUGCACCUCAACUCUAUACGGGAUCUCAGGGGAAGGUCUCAUACCAAUGGGCCAGAUCAAGUUGCAUGUGACACUUUGA